AUGGGAAGACCUGUCGCUUCAGAAGAGAACAAGCAGCUCGGCCUCUGCUUUGCUCAUGCGGUCACCGCACCCUCAGAGGAUCCUGCGUCCGUCGUAGCUCGGUCAGGCAGGCUCUGUAUCUUCGCAGCUCUGGAAGAAUGUUGCCCAAGUUCUAUCCGAAAUCCAACUUCGGCCAAGGGACGGCGCGGCCUCACCAUGAUUGAAUUCAACAAGUCUUUAGAGAGAGCCGGGUUCCGAAAGAUGCGAGAUCGCAGGAUUGAUGCUGCAACAAGACAGGAGGAUCCAACGGGAGCCGGCCUCUGCUUGUUCAGCUUUCGCCAAUGGAAGAACCCAGACGACGAAUCUAAGAAAUGGGACCUCUUCAAGAGCUGGGAGUACCUUGUCGAAACAUUUCCUCAUUUUGGCGCGGAAUGCAACUGGGAAAAAUUCCUCUCUGUGUGCAAAAGAUACGAAGAGGGAUGGAAGCCAUACUCGGGAGCAGGAAGAAAGAUGGUCAAAGUCGUUGUAGCAGAUAGAAAGAACAGCAAUAAGAGCAAACCAAAAACCAACAUGAACCAACAACAUGGAAAUCCAUCAGUGCUGCGACCGCUGCAGUGGCAUUCUCUACAAAUGAACUCAUGGAUGGAAAACAUCUCUGGCUUGCAAUCACGGAUCGGACCUGCGGAUAGCUCUAUUGUCAACUGUCUAGGAGGGACAGCAGAUCUUUCAAAGUUUCAACUGCGUGAUCCGAAGUUCGUCAAACCGGAUGGCAGGGAAGACAAGGCGAACACCUCCAACAUGCUGGAGUUACUCGCAGCAGCAGGAGCAGCACUGGGAACGAUCAGUUCAAAGACAGAUCAGGUGACGUUGUCUGACUGGUACCUCCAAGUAUUGACGUACCUUUUUCCCUUGAAGCAGCAUGGUGUGAUCAAACCAGAGGCCCAACACCCUGCUCUUGUUCGAACCAAGAACGAAAAGCCACAACCCACAACUUCACAGAUCAGAGCUCCCUGGACACCAGGAAUUGCUGGCAAGCAGAAUCAAGGGUUUCUACCAAGUCAAGGCGAGGGCUCAUCGUCAUUUCUGAAAGUGCCUUCGACGCGAUCGUUGACUUCCGUUGUCCAAUGUCUGCCGACCAAGACAGCAGACAAGAACAUGAAGGAGCACAUGGAAAAUCCCAAAGGGAUCCGAGUUUCCGAUCUCCUGGCCCAUGACGGAGGCAACCUGCCCCUGAAGAGAGAUAGACAAGAAACGGUGAAGCUUGCUGUCACUGCUGCACUUGCUGACAUCCUGCAGCAGGACAAGGAUCUCAACAUAGAAGACAAACAACUUCAUAAAGCCAUCAAGCUCGCUUGUGGCCCACACAACAAAAGCAAGUCAGGUCUAGACCCCCUGCUUCACCUCUGGGAGCAGGCGAACAUAGUUGGAUUGUGA